GCCUGUGGGGUCUGAAGCAAAACAGAAACCAAAGACUACGAAAUCUAAACCGAAAUCAAAUUUUUUUGUUAUAAAAUCGAAUAAAGAGAAUGAAGAAUUACUCGUAAUUCAUUUUGAUGAAUUAGCAGCAUCAUCCAAAGACCGAAAAUUGAAAGAAACUUCCAUCGUUUCGUACAAGUCAAAAGGCAAAAGUGGUCGUGGUGAAAUUUUCUCAUUACAUACUAGUCGUAGUGAUGCUCUUCGUUCUCGCGAUAUAGAGCAGAAUAAAAUAAAUAAACAAGGGCGCAAUGAUGGCAAAGAACUACUUGAAAGUAAUAAUAGUACAUCAGCCGAGGAAGAAGAUGAAGAACAGGCAGAUACGUCUGAUGAAUUACCUGUACCCACACCGGUUAAUAUACAUGCGGUUCGUGAUCGUUUAGCAGAUUCAAUGAAAGAGAAAGAAAAAGAAAACUCAAGCCAUCAACUACAAUCCUCAACAGCAAAAGCUAAUUCUGGUGCGAAAGCAUUACCAAAUAACAUUGUUCAAAAUGCAAAGA